GGUACUUCCACACCAUAUUGGUAACCAGUGUCCUCUGGGAAUCAUGAAGACUUGGUUGACGUUCAGAUUCAUCUGGCUUGCCAAGCCAUCUGGCCGGCACUUUCACAGAGAUCAUCAGCGUUGGGCAUCUCUGACACUUGCUGACUUUGAAGCCAUAAAUCGCUGUGACAGGUCGUUGCCUAAGAACUUUAACUUUGCUGGGGAUGUGCUGGACCAGUGGUCCCAAAAGGAGAAGGCAGGGGAGAGACCAGCCAAUCCAGCCCUCUGGUGGGUGAAUGGCAGAGGGGAUGAGGUGAAAUGGAGCUUCAGAGAACUGGGCACCUUGUCUCGAAAGGCUGCCAACGUACUCACCAAGCCCUGCGGCCUGCAGAGAGGAGACCGAGUGGCCGUGAUCCUGCCCCGAAUCCCAGAGUGGUGGCUGGUAAAUGUGGCUUGCAUGCGGACAGGGCUUGUCUUUAUGCCGGGAACAACCCAGCUGACAGCAAAAGAUAUCCUCUACCGGCUACGCGUGUCCAAGGCCAAGUGCAUUGUGGCCAGUGAGGAAGUGGCCCCAGCGGUGGAGUCCAUCGUGUCAGAGUGUCCUCAUCUGAAGACCAAACUCCUGGUAUCUCCAGAGAGCCGGAAUGGGUGGCUCAGCUUCCAGGAGCUGUUUCAGUGA